AACGUCGAGGCACGUAUGGUUGCAGGAGCCAUUGCGGUAUACCAGUUCAACAAUAAAAAGCGGCAAGAAUUGGGUCUGCAUCCACUCAAUAUUCACCCCACCUUCUAUUUGGUGCUCGUCACCAAAGCGCUGAAUGACGCAGUCAUUUCCGGUCAAUUUCCGUCAGAUAGGACCGAGGUAUUGAAGUGUGAGGUCGCAAGUGAUCACAGUAGAGGCAUAGAGGCACCGGAAUACUGGGGCGUCGCCCUCCAGUAUUUUCUUGCAUUCCAAUCCCUUAGUGAAAGCCACUGGUGGAAGUUCUUU